GGUGUGGCAUAUCGAAGGUCACCAAACUUGACAGAUCGUGAAGGUGGGUACGCAGGCCCUUCAUACGACGACAUUGUGCCUGUCGAGAUGAUACAAGGUCAGUGGGCUCGAUGCGCGAAAGGAUGGCUUCCUAUGCGUCUGGAUGGCUGCAAUGUCUUCGAGCUGCUGGAUGGCAUCCUACGGGCACGCUGCAUCUCCUCCCAGGGCGUGGCUUUCAGGAAAAGCCCGACUUUGGAGGAUCGUGAGCAGAUGGUUAUGGGGCCCGUCUUCCAAGAAGUCGUGGACGCCGUGGAACGAGUGGGCACUUGGAUACGUUGCCAGAAUGGCUGGCUUCCGCUGGCGAUAGGCGGGCAGCCAGUCUUCGAGCUUUUCGCGGACUUCACCGAAAAGGAGAGGAGGCAAACUGUCCAGGUCCAGGCCUCGGAUUCCGAAGGCUCUCCGCCGCCCUGGUUAGGAUUCUUGGACACCUGGACAUGGUUCUUGGUUCGGACGUCCUGCCGGUGGGGCUUUAGCUUCGCGACCAGCUCUCCGCGACUGACGCUGAGCUUGGCAGCGAUGUCUGGUAUUUCGCUUUGGGUGACGGUAUCUGUCGCAAGGAUGAUGCUUCGCGGCUGGUGGUGGUCUCUGCCGUCUUUGCGACUCUAA